AACACGUCGUUUCAACAGAGUACUUACUUACAAGUUUCGAGCGUUUUUCUGUCGACGAGUGUUAUACCUGAGCAAAACACGGCAGGCUGCCUUUUCGGCCGAUUUGCAGCAGACUCUCUCACGAACAGUCAGUCCAACCGCACGCCAGCAAGAGCCGUCCCUUGCGAGGCGGGAAUAUCCCCGCCAAAUCAUGAACAAGGUGGACGAUCGAGUCAGGUCUCCGGGAACAUCACGAUGCCUGACCGCUACUACCAUGUCGCUCUCCAUCUCGCCUUCUAGCCCCGAAGAACCUGUUACGCUGGUGGAACUGACCAGCGUGCCGGGCGGACAGAAUGCGAUGGCUCAUCUCAAAAAGCGGAAGCUGGAAGCAGAGUCGGUCACGCAGAAUCCUAAACAGACGCAGCAGCCGUUGCAGCAGCAAUUGUUGAUCAACAAGAAGGGCCUGCAGACGAACACGCCGCAAGAGAUGGAGCCGACUGACGCCGCCGUGAAGCGAAGGAGGAAAAGCGUUCGCGACGACGACGCGCGAAAGACGAUCGACGUUGUUGAUCCUAACAAAAACAUACCGCUGCCUCAGAAGAAACGCGCGUUUGCAUCGGGUAAUUCAGGUAGUCCCGCUAGAAAAUCCAGCAAGCACUGCGAGGAACCCGAAGAUGACGAGACUUUAAUAAGAGAAACAGAGGCCGCCUUGAAGAGUUUGUCAGGUAGCUGGCCUGGACCUAGAGGAUCUCUGUAUCAAAGAGGCAAUUCGGACGAAGAUAGAUAUGAGUCUAACUUCGAAAAUCUCUUUGAAGAAAAGAAAGAAAAUCCUAAAUUAUCGCCCUCAUCAACAUCUUCGAAUACGAGCAACGACACUGGUUGUUCAUUGAAGGACGUGAUAACUUUUCGCGGACAGCAGGAUCGAUCUGGUAAAAUGCAACAGCAAAAUAGACAGGAUUCGAAGCAACAACAACAUCCGAUUAAAACUAAAAAGGACUUGGAUAAUCUUCUCAAGAUAGAGAACGAAUGCGCGAAUAUUCAGUCUCAAGUCAGUAACGUCAAUCAGAACGAACUGCCAAAAAUCAGACCGGUUUCCGUUCGAUCAUUAUCGAGCAAAGAUAGAAAUGACAGGAACAUGGUGAGUACACACAUUGACUCUCAGGGAAGACAAUCAGAUAAGUAUUCCCGAUACGAUCCGCCAGAUUUCAACGAGUUGGUCGAUGAUUCGUCCAACGAACUUGAAAUCGACAUGUCCGAUCCAACAGCUGACAAAGACGAAAGCGAUCGAGAUAGAUCGAACGAUAGGGAACGAGAUCGAACAUGUAAAAAUGGUCAAUCACCACAGAGUAUCGGUAGGCAGCAGCAGCAGCAGCAGCAACAUCAUCAACAGCAUCAAGCGCUUUACUCGAAUUAUCAGAGACAGUAUAAUGAGACCAACAUGAAAGUUUCACCCACGGGGACUUCGUCAUCCUCGUCAACGCCAGCGAGUUCGCCAUUCUCAGCAACAUCCGCGUUCAGGCCACCCAAUACGGACCAUUCGAAAGUUCCAUGUCGCGGCGCUUCAUCAGUAGCCCCUUCGGCGAUUCCGCCAAUCGGUCCAUAUCCAGCUAGCGCUACGUUUGUGGGAUAUCCGACGCCUGGACCGACGAUGCCGUCGCCGCAGCCCGUAGCCGGCAUAUCACCCACGUCGGAGGACAAACACCCGUCUACGGUGUCUCUGUUGCAGCUCAAGUCCUCGAAGGAAGAGACCCAUCACGUGACGACUCACAACGUAGCCUCCAAUUCUGUAUCCCCCAGCAAGAGCCCUCCUGGCGGUCUACCUGCCGUUACCAGCCCCGAUUCCUCGAAACAGUACACAAUCCUGCAACCUGCGGGAGUGGGCUCCAGAGCGGCCAGUGCGAUCCAGGAUAUCACGAGGGACGGAGUGGUCAGUGUCGCCGCCGUGAGCAGCUGCACCACGGCAAGCAACGGUGGUGUUAACAACGUCAACGCCGCAAACGUGAAUGGCAACGGAGUUGGCAAUAAGGCAACGACCAACGGCAAUAAUAGUGCCAAUGAUAGCGGCAAUACCACGAAUCCUGCCGGAAAUCCUAAUGCGAACAGCAUCGCCAGCAUAACCAUUACGACGGCAUCGACGACCACUACUACAUCCAGCCCGACAGUUGCUGCCGAUGUGCCCGCAGCGAGCGGCCAGCAGGACAAUGUCAUGAAAAUGCCAGAGAGACCCGGCACCUUCGACAGUAGCAGGCCGGGAAUGUCUAUGUCUCCGUCCAGUCUCGGCAGAGAGGGCAACAAGUGCCCGACCCCAGGCUGUACGGGGCAGGGUCACGUGACCGGACUCUACUCUCACCACCGCAGCCUUUCUGGAUGUCCACAAAAGGAUAAGUUAACUCCAGAAAUUCUGGCGAUGCAUGAGACUAUAUUGAAAUGCCCGACGCCUGGUUGCAACGGCCGCGGUCAUGUCAGCUCUAAUCGGAACACGCACAGAAGCCUGUCCGGAUGUCCCAUCGCCGCGGCCAAUAAACAGGCCGCACGCGAGGCACGACAAAAGGCUCAAGUGCCAGGAAUACCGCCAGAGUACAUUAGCACGAAUCUAUUACCGCCAUCAAUGGACACGAAGAGUUAUUCGCAGUACGGCUCCGCAACGCAAGACACGAAGCCCGUACUUAGUAGCCUGAGCUACGAUUAUUAUUCGUCGACGACGAAGAACACCGGGAUUAACGUGAAGCCUCCGAAGACGCCGGAGGAUAACAGUACGCCGCGUCCCGCAAAGGUACCCAAGACGGAGAAUAUGACUCUCAGCAGCAGUUGUUGCAACACAUUGUCCAUGAGGAACCAAAACACGGGCGAGCUACUGGUCCCGAAGACGGAGGACGCCGCGUCCUGUAGAGUAAACUCACCCCCGCCACCGCCGCCCCCCGCAGUACGACAGACGUACGAUUCAUACAUGAGUCAAGACUCGAAUUCCUCGUCCAUGUCGUCCAUGGACGCGAUGGGCACGAGACCAUCCAUAGGAGCGACGAUUCAUCAUCCCAGCCAGCAUCCGACGCAUCAUGUUCUACCAAUGCAGCCGGUCGCCUAUCCGAUGUCGAUGGUAGAGGACACUAGAAUGAGCCAUCAAAUGUCUCAAAGAUCUCCUUACGAGUCAAGCGCCAUGAUGGCCGCGGCAGCGGCUGCGGCGGCUGCUGCAACCACCACGGAAGAGCUCUAUCAUCAUAGAUCAGCCGAACAUGCGAGGGCGUAUAUGCAUCCCGGCGCGAGCAAUAUCGCGCGACCAGUUGUAACGUAUUCCAAUGAUAUAGCAGCUGGUAGAGGCUACGAAAACGCGGUGGUCACCGCAGCUAAUCAUCGACCCUAUGACCCCGGUACCACCGCGACUUACGAGAGAUACGAUACGCAAUCGUGCGCGCCUAUCCCGUCUCAACAACAGCAACAGCAGCAGCAGCAGCAGCAACAACAACAGCAGCAGCAGCAGCAGCAACAACUUCACUCGAGAGCGAAUAUGUAUUACCUGGGUCAAACCGGUAUGACACCCGAGGAGCAGGAGCGAGUUUAUCAUCAAGAAGCCGCGGUGGCCGCGCAACAGCAUCAGAUGGCGAUGGCCGCCGCCACUGCGGCCGGGAUGAUCAAGACUGAAGAUGUGAAAUGCGUUACGGUUGCGCAGAUACAGCAGAUGCAGAAACCUGGCGGGCCGCCAACUUCGCCCGGAGGAUCGGUGAUGGAUCUCUCUACCUCCAGCGUCACCUCUACUAGUCCGCAGGCGCCUCCCUACGGUUCAAACAGCCUCAGUCCACAAUACGGAGGAGGACAAACGGUGGGCAGUAGCCCUCAAGCUGCAGCGAGUCCCCACUUGACGGCUAGUCCUCAAGUUCCUAGUCCUCAGGGUCAGACUCUCGAUCUUAGCGUCAAUAGACUUCAUAGCGGUGCACCGAGUCCGCAAUAUUCCACCGGUCACGGAGAAGCCGUCGCGGUUCCAGUAGGACCGGGUUUCCCCGCGCCACGACCGAUCGAAGAGCAGACAGAGCCCGUUGAUUUCUCAACUGCGAACGAGCCGGUCAAUUUCAGCGGGGGUCCGGGAAUCAGGCCUGUACCCGGGUUUCCGCCGCCUGGAGUGCAUGUCACGGCGUACAGUCGCGAAAGCACACCCGACAGCGGGGGUUCCCACUACAUAGACGCCUACCGAGAUCCCACUGGUUACGGACCAAUGAGUCCUCAUCCAGGAUACGGGAUGACCGGCGUUCAACCCGAAUAUCCCGGAAACACGUACACUCCCUAUCCUACUGCAGGUUACAAUUGCGGUGGAACUUACCCGGGUGGUCCAGUGACUUCCGGUUAUCAGAUUCCAGCGGGUUAUACUCCGGCACCCUGCUACAGCAUGCCACCGCCACAACAUACGGUUGGACCCCUCGAUAAACCAUCCGGCAAAGAUGACAGCCUUUCCGGAUGUCCACGAGCCGAUCGCUCGCAAAUCCAGGCGCAUUCCCAGGAGCUCAAGUGUCCUACGCCGGGAUGCGACGGUUCUGGACACGUCACAGGAAAUUACUCGUCACACAGAAGUUUAUCCGGCUGUCCACGAGCCAACAAGCCGAAGAGUAAGCCUCGAGACGGCCAAGAUUCUGAACCUUUGAGAUGUCCAAUCCCGGGUUGCGACGGGUCCGGCCAUGCCACCGGCAAAUUCUUGUCGCACCGCAGUGCAUCUGGAUGCCCAAUCGCAAAUAGGAAUAAGAUGCGAGUACUGGAAUCCGGCGGUACGGUUGAACAGCACAAGGCGGCCGUGGCUGCCGCAACGGCCAUGAAGUUUGAGGGUGUCAAUUGCCCAACACCCGGAUGUGACGGACUCGGUCACAUAAACGGAUCUUUUCAUAGCCAUAGGUCCUUGUCGGGCUGCCCGAUAGCCAGCCACGCCGUGAAGAAACCAAAACCGGAGGAUAAUAUGAGCAUGUACAGCAGAGGAAUCACCGGGUUGGAAGCCGGUGGUCCGGCUCACGGGGGUGCGGUAGGCACGGGUCAGGGUAACUCGAGCGGUAGCGGGACCGCCGGUGCCGGGGGCGAGGAUCUCUACACACUGGAGGCUGAGAUCACGGAGCUCCAGAGAGAGAACGCCCGGGUCGAAUCGCAAGUCCUGCGCUUGCGCUCGGAUAUCACCGCCAUGGAGAAUCAGCUCAAACACGGUGAUAAGGAUACGUCAUCGAUAAACCAACGCAACAAUAAUCUGACCGAAUAUUAUCAGUCGCUGCGCGACAACAUGAUCACCCUGCUCGAGCAAGUGCGAAUACCGAACGCCCCGGGCGGGCCGCAAGAAAAGAUAGGCCACGAGAACUUCGACAGUUACCUGACGAAGCUACAGACUCUGUGCACCGCCGACGGCUACUGCACCGACGAGAGCAACCGGCCGAUUUACGAAACGGUGAAGACCGCAUUGCAGGACUUCACGGUUCUGCCGACACCCAUCUGAGACCAUCCUUAAAGAUCGACGAUCAAGUAUUGAGCGUCGCUCGGAACUCGCGUGAAGAAACCGGAUUCGACGACGGUACUCUUCGUGACGCGGGUAUCGCAGUCAUUCCUUCCCCUCGUUCACACCGGAUGCGAAUGAACGAUGCCCAGGAGCCCUCUCUCUCUUCCCACGCGAAGGAAAAACUGCGUCGAUCGUGACUGAGCUCCGCGGAUCGGCCUACGAUUUGGGAGAAACCCGAUUUGGUGACGCGCGAUAUUCUUCGAUUCUUAUCCGGAUGCUGGCGGAGAAUCCGCCAGCGUGCGUCAUACAUACAUCGUCCGCGUGAAUUUCGGACUGCAACGUCACGCGACGUCAACCGGUCGUUCCCGCGAUUACGUGCGACGUAGGUGAAAGUCGUCGUGGCCGGUCGAGCACACCGACCGGCGCACAUCGUAUAGGGCUGUUAAUAAACGCUACGAUAACGGCAUCUAAACCGGAUAACGGCUCCACGAGCAUUCAUCCGAGCUAAGCUUAAACGGACUAUUAUUACGGGGGCGACGUUGCUCAUAUAAGAAAGCGCGAUAUCUUUUGUACAUAAUGAAUCUGCGUCAAGUAUCACACGGCGGCCACUACCGUCACGCAUAUGUACAUACACACGACGGGAAAAAUGCAUUUAUAUAUUAUUCGACAGGUUGAUGGUUAUACUGCUCUAAGUCAUGUAAAAAAAUAAUGAUUAAUUUAGAUGUAUAUCGGACUCUUGCCGCACACUUAUCGCUGUGUAACUGUGUUAUUACCGUCUAAGCGAUCAGCGCGCGAUUUACGAGGACCGGCACGGUCCACCAAUGACGCUUUUGCUGAACCCUGAAGAUUACUUAUAAAUCAAUUUAUCGGCUAACUAUUUACCAGCUAGUCACUAUUAUUAUUAUUAUUAUCAUUACUACUACUACUAUUAUUACUACUAUUGUAACUGUUACAACCAGCCGGAUCGUUUUUAGCGACUAAUCCAAUCGUCAUUAUCGCUACCACUACUCUUACUACUGUUAAUAAAGUAUAGUCACGAGUGUAUACCAAACGUAUUUAUAUAAUAUUAACGAGUCUACGAGAGAAAUGUGCGACGCGUUGUCCAUAUAGACUGUACAUAGUCACAGAGAUAUACAAUUACUAUAAGAACAAGAAUCGCUGGCGAUAAUGAGCUGCGAUUUCAGAGGGACGACGGGAAAAACAGAGAGAAGGAGAUGUUUGCGAGGUCAUGCGUGAUUUCUUCAUCAACAGCUGUCAACCCUAUACUGUCGAAUUUAUGACUGUCCGAGGUGGACGAUCGAGCCUCGAUCGUUUUGCCAAGGAGGCAAAGAAGGAUCGAGCGUUGCGUUCCUUCAGUAUACAGUGCGAUCAAUUCGGUCGGAGGGAUAUUCGUUCGUACGUGCAAUAAUUUCCGGUUGCGUCGCAUUCUCUCCUGUACAUUCGCGGUUAAUUACUUACGUCGUGUACACUUGUAUCGGCGCAGUUGUUAUUGUUUCGUUGAUCUAUUUUUGUUCCUAUUUAUUAGAUGUUUGUUUUGCUACUUAAACGAGAAAUGCGGGGAGAUUACGAGAAUUUGUAAAUAUAUCGAAAAUUCUUCGUUCUGAGUCACAUGAAUCACCGCUUCUCGUUGAUACUGCAUUAAAAUAAUUUUAUAUUAUUAUUAUUGUUAUUAUUAUGAUGUAUAAGCCAGAAAUAUCUUCGUUUUGUCGCUGGUUGACUUUUUACACCUAGGUGUAAAUCGAUCGACAUAAAUGCAGAGAAAUUUUAAUACCAUUAACAGUACAAUGCAUGAAAACGAAGAACAUGAUUAUGGGGAUUUAUUGAAAGAAAUAUAAAUAUAAAAAACUAUCUGUUAAUGGUGUUUGCAAAUUAUUAAAUACUUUAUCAUAUGUAUUUAUUAAUAAUCAAUAUCAGUUGUGCUGCGGAUAAAAAAUGCUCUCUAUCAAUAUAUCGUAACAUAUCUCAGAUAUUUUUAAUAUUUAUUUCUUACAUUCUUAUUUUUUCUCACUAAACUGAUCAUCAUAAAAUAGCAGACAUGUCGAUCGGAUAAUCAAUGAUUGCUGGCAUAAAACUAUAUUACGUUAAAGUUAUGUUAUGUUCGCUACAACUAUAGAUGAUGUAUAUAAACAAAGGGAAGCAGUUAUGAGAGAAUUAAUUGUUUGUCUGAGAGGCUGAUGAGAUGGGCGAAGCGUGCAGAAGGAGUAAAUAUACUUUAACCAAACCACCGUGUAGUGAGAGUAAUAACAAAUUAAAGAUAGCGAUAGUCGAUCGACAAUUACGAAUAAUCUUGACGUUAUAAUUAUUCUUGUCAUUAUAUAUCAUUGUGGUUAUAAUUACCAUCGUCAUUACUAUCGUCAAGCAAUUUUCUUUAUUUCGAGUUAGCAUAAUUGGCUAAUAGAAAGGAGGGGAAGAGAAUGAGAAAAAAAACAGAUAAUUAACAAUCGACAUUCACUACAUUUUGAUUUACCUCCUGUUUCAUUGUAAUAUGAGUAAUAUACUAUAUUCAUCAAUAUUCAUCAUUAUCAUCUAGUCGAUCAUUAUUAAUGUUAUUAUUAUUAUUUCUGUUAUUAUAUUAGUAUUAUUGUUUUAUUAUUAUUAUGAUUGCUAUCAUCUUAUUGUCACUACUCCUGUUACGUUUCUGUCACUAUUUUAAUUAUAAUUGUUGCCGUUAAUGAAAAUCUACAGGUAUAUAAGUUCAAUAACAUGCUUUAAGUAAGUAUAAAUGUUACUCCGAUUGAAUAAAGGGUAUUUAUCGAU